AUGGCGCAAGAGAUACGAAUUCAUAGGAAAUUACAACAUAAACACAUCGUACGAAUGGAUGGUUUUUUUGAGGAUCACGAUAAUGUCUACAUUUUAUUAGAGCUGUGUCCUCGUAGAUCUUUGAUGGAACUGCAUAAAAGACGAAGAUUUGUCACUGAACCAGAAGCGCGUUAUUUCAUGAGACAGAUUGUUGAAGCGUGCCAAUAUCUUCACGAAAAUAAAAUCAUUCAUCGGGAUCUAAAAUUGGGAAACUUGUUUUUAAAUGAAGAUAUGGAAGUCAAGGUGGGAGAUUUUGGUCUAGCAACAGUAGUGGAAGUCGAUGGCGAAAGGAAGAAAACAUUAUGUGGCACUCCAAAUUAUAUCGCUCCUGAAAUGCUUGAUAAAAAAGGUCACUCGUAUGAAGUAGAUAUCUGGGCCAUUGGAUGUAUUCUUUACACUUUAUUAGUAGGAAAACCGCCUUUUGAGACCUCUUCACUAAAGGACACUUAUAAUAGAAUCAAAAGCAGUUGUUAUUCAGUGCCUUCACAUAUCGGCUGUAAUGCAGAUCUACUCAUCCGAGAAUUAUUACAAUCUAAACCUGAAAAACGCCCUACUAUACAUAAUGUAUUUUGUUAUGUGAUGCGUUUUGCGUUUUUUAAAGCUUACACUCCAGCAAGGCUACCUACCUCGUGUCUUACUAUGGCUCCCAAAUUCGCGAACUCGGAAAUUCUAGAGAAACGUCCUGCUCCAGAAUCAAAAAAAAUUAUUACUGGAUUUAGUCCGAAGAAGCUUCUCCGUAAGGAAGUGUUAGCAGUUCCAUCUCGUCAGCUAACGUCUGUUCCGGAAAUGCAGGUGCUUCCUGCUAUAGAGCCGUGUGAUGUAAGCAAAGAAGCGGAUUUACCCAAUAAAGUUGAUGAGCAUCCACCAGAUUGUUAUCUCUCAGAUUUGUGCAGACAGCUUACAGAAGUUAUUAACAGCAAACCGAAAGAAAUUCCGAAUGUUCGGGAUGAUGAUUUGGAGGAUCCUGCUGCUAUGCCAGUUUUUUGGAUCACAAAGUGGGUUGAUUAUUCGGAUAAAUAUGGACUAGGCUACCAACUCUGUGAUAACUCCACUGGAGUUGUAUAUAAUGAUAGCACAAAAAUGGUUCUGGAUGCAGCAGGAGAACAGGUGCAGUAUCUUCAGCGGAAAAACCACGAACUCUAUUAUACUAUGUCCAAUUAUCCAGACCAUCUACGUAAGAAAAUGACACUGCUUCAGUAUUUUAAAAAUUACAUGACUGAGCAUCUUCAAAAAGCUGGCGGUGAUUUACCUGUACGUGAAGGUGAUGAAUUAGCUCGUUUGCCUGUUCUUCGCAUAUGGUUCCGUACACAAUCAGCUAUAAUACUUCACUUAACUAAUGGGACUCUUCAACUGAAUUUCUUCGAAGAUCAUACCAAACUCGUAAUAUGUCCUUUAAUGGGCGCGGCAACUUAUAUUGAUGGUGAUCGUAACAUUCGUGUGUUGAGGCUUUCUGCGCUCGCUAAAUACGGUUGCCCUAAGGGACUUAUGGACCGAAUACGAUAUGCGAAGGUAAUGGUAGAGCGUUUGAUAGCUUUCCAUGCCAUACGGCCAUAUGCAUCAACAUUUGUCACGACACCGCAUGCCUCACCAAACGGCGGUGGAUUUUGCUAG